UUCGCGGUUCAUUACCUGUUCAACAAGAUGAAGCACAUAAUACUCCUCGCCGUUAUCGCCUGCGCGUCCGCCGGCCCGGAUCCAGCCACCGAGAUGGAAUGGAAGGCCGAAUACGGCACUUUCGGCCUCAACUACUUCCCUUACUUCCCCUACUUCCCCAUGCCUUUCAUCCCUACCGCCAAGCCUGAGGCAACAGACAAGCCCCUUGCCCCGACUCUUGACGGCAAGCCCUUUACCCCACUUGACGGCAAGGCUUACAUGCCCUUUGCCCCACUUGCUAAGGCUUACAUCCCACGCGCGGGGGUCUCUAUUGGUUCCCAUAAUUUUUUAGUCCGAUUUUUAUAAUCCAUAACGGUGUUAGUCAUAAUUUUUAAUAGUCAUAUUACCAUUAGUCAUAAAGUUGAAUGUCAGAAAUUGGAGGUCAGA